AAAAUUAAAACUAAAAUUAGAAUUGAAGUAAGAUAAACAUUUCACAGCAGAAGACACAAAAAUCCUACCGAAUGUCGGAGCGUCGUGGCUUAGUACUUUCGUCAAACACCCUGCAGUAGUGGUGGAAGCCGCUUGAAAUAUUUUUAAAACCUUGAGUUGAUGACUUUUAUAAUUCUUCAAAGCUUAAUCCAUACGAAGGCGCAACUCACAACUUCCUCACCAUCGCCGGAAUUCAACAGAAUCGCUUAUUCAUCGUCCACCGUGUGGCAAACCUAAAGAGCUGAGCUAGGAAUUAUUUUCAUUUCCGCAGUUGCAAUGUCAAAGAAUAAAGAUGCUACCAAUCUCUCACGCACCUUUAAAUACCUAUUAGCUACCCAGUUCUUGUCACGAGGGAUUCCAUUUAUAUUCAAUACAUGGAUUGUAAGGCAUCUCACACAAGAGGACUAUGCGCUGUACGCAGUGCAGUUUCAUCUGCUAGUCACAUGCAUAUUAUUUCUUAGCCGGGAGGGCUUUCGGCGAGCAUGCUUGCGAAUGGACCUGAAAUGUGAUGGCAAUUCAAUGGGAGAUGUUGUGAAGCUAAUGAAAGUAGUGUGGAUGAGUUUCCCACUUGGAAUAUUUAUUACAAUUGUAGUAUGCCUUUUUGUCUUCUGGUGGCAACAAAUAAGUUAUUGUAGUCCACAUGGGCAAGCUAUCUUGAUCAAUGGUUUUGCAUGUAUUUUGGAGCUCUUGGCUGAGCCUGCGUACAUUCUCUCACAAAGCAUGGUUUUACUUGAAUUACGGCUGAUGGUUGAGACUAUAGCCACUCUGUUACGAUGCUUGACAAUGUACUUUCUAAUCAGCAAGCAAACUGGAAUUGAAAAAUCAAUCAUAUUUGGUUUGUCACAGUCUGCAUAUGGAGCCAGCUUAUUUCUUGGUUAUUGGGGCUAUCUUUUGCUUUCCCAAAAAUUGAAGGUUUCAUACCUCUUUCCAUUCAGAAAAGGAAAACUGAUUGAUUUUGACCAGCAGCUGUCCAAGAUGUGUAUACUGUUUACCUUUCAAUCCUUUCGAAAAUUGAUCCUUCAGGAAGGAGAAAAGAUAGUACUUGUAUGGUUGGAUACACCAUAUAAUCAGGCAGUAUACGGCGUGGUGGACAAAUUGGGUAGCUUAGUGGUGAGACUUGUCUUUUUACCUUUCGAAGAAAGUUCGUAUGCAACAUUUGCAAGGUCUGCUUCAGGACAAUAUCCAGGAAAAAGCAAGAAAUUGGGAAAUGGCUUGACGGAAUCCCUUAAGUUAGUUUUGUUGAUUGGCCUUGUUUUUAUGGCAUUUGGUCCAAGUUAUUCUUAUUCACUCAUUAGAUUGCUUUAUGGUGAAAAAUGGAGUGAUGGAGAAGCGUCGACUGCCCUCCGUUGUUAUUGCUUUUAUGUCAUUGUUUUGGCCAUGAAUGGAACCUCUGAAGCCUUUAUGCAUGCAGUUGCAACCGAGAGCCAACUCAAGCGAUCUAAUGAUUCACUACUUAUAUUCUCGUUGAUAUAUAUAAUUUUGAAUGUCCUGUUAAUAAGGUUAGCUGGGGCUGUUGGCUUGAUAAUGGCAAAUUCUCUCAAUAUGACUCUGAGGAUUUUAUACUCUGCUAUAUUCAUAAAGAAGUACUUCCAGGGAUCUUCCUCAUUUUCUUUCUAUGAAUGCUUGCCGUCAGGAUGGAUUAUUCUGUUACUUUCAGGCAUAAUCACUCUCAUUUCUGAGAAUGUCUUUUUGGACCGAGAUAAUUUCUGGCCAUCAUUCAUGGUCCAUUUCUCUGUUGGGCUGGGUUGCUUCUGUGUGUCAUCAUACGUGAUCUAUUGCCGGGAAAAAACAUUCAUCAGAAGACUCAUUCGCUUUAAUGAUCAUGUGGACUGAAGACUUGUGCAAUAUGUCUUGGAGUUACUGGAAGAUGAUGAAACGUCAGUUAGUUUUCUAUGGGCUAUAUUCCAAGCAGCAGAAUACUGAUAGACAUAACCUCAAAGGUUCAAUUUUUGGUAUAUGUAUAGUAUUUACUUAAGCCUUGUUUUUCUAUAACCUAUUGACUGUUCAUUGCGGUUUCUGCUGUAUUUAUUUAUUCAAAUUAUUGUCGGAGUUAAGCAGCAGCAUGUGUGGUGUAUAAAGAUAGAAAAAUAGUGUUUUCUAUUAUUCCCAAAAUUCUUGCACACAUAUUUCGUGGAAUGUUUCGUAUUUCAUCUUA